CCGCAGAUAACACUCGAUUUGACGAUUCCGUGAGUGAUAGUGAGGCCGGAGCGAUGCUCCUCACGCCUACGAAAAAAGUUUUUCACUAAUAAAUCGGACUUGCGAAAUUUUAAAUACACUUAAGAGUCAAUAUGGAGAAUGUUAGUGCAAUGAUUCAAAGAAAUGAGGAACAAAGAGAUGGAGAUAAUAACGAAGCGUUACAACUCGUGAAGAACGAAGAGCGACAGGACAUGGCGGGCGGCGAGUCCAAUGUAGGCGGAAACGGGGAGGGCGCAUCGCAUCCUGCGUCAGGCGCGGUGGCAGGAACAGAGUCUAACGCUGAACCACACUCUGUGAUUACGUCGCGGCGCGCUCUCAGGACUAUAACGACAGCUGGACACAUCACCGACGGCACGGAACUAAACGACGACGGUGUUAAAGGUGAGCCUCCUGAACCACAACAGCUAGAACACGAACAAAUGCAGUACGCUCCCAAGCUAGAAGAUACGGACGGUCGGAACGCUGCGUCUCAUUAUGACGAGGAGAGAUUGAGACUGGCCGAAGCAGAAACUGCUAGAUACUUAGCAUUUAAACAGGAACCGUAUCGUUCCUUACAGUCUCCUACGCCAGCACCUCAGGACAAGCGACUACAGCCACAACCGCAAUACGCGCGAGGUCCGCCGCCACGGCCCGCUUACGGUCGCGGGCUCGCUUUACGCUACGGCACACCUCACCAUGUUAUUGUGGCACAGGACGGUGACACUGAAGAACACUCGCAUGAAUCAUUUCUACAAAAAGAGAAAGCUGAGCAACUACAGCAGGCCUAUGCAGCCUCUGAAGCUGCGAAUGCACAGGACGGCCGGCAAUACGCGGCUGUUCUCAGUGAUCAAGUGGCCGUCUCCUCCGCCUUGGAAAUGAUCCAAACUACAUCGUUAAGUAACCAACAGGCGGUCGGAGUCGCUUACCAGCAGGUUAAGUAUGAAUCGCGUGGUGAGGGCGAGCCUCGGCCGACGACGUACGCGAGCCUACAGCCUGUAACUUCAGUGCACAGUGCGAGCGGGUACACAUAUGCGGGUCAGAGCCCGCAGUACGCGGCAGCAGGCUACAGCACGUACAACAGUAGCAAAGAACUCCUGACACUGUACGGAGCGGGACCAGCGGCGCCGCGGGGAGACGACUCUCCGCCCGGGCUACUGUACCGCAGUGACCCUACACUUUCCUCUUCCUCCCUUAACUCUCGAGGCGCUCACGUCGUGUAUGGCUCCGUGGUGCCACAAUCACAGGCCGUAUAUGAAGCACCGCCUAGCCCUAACUCGCAGCAAGUGAACGUAUUGUACACGCACGGUAACACAGUGCAGUACAAAGUGGGCGGAGAGCACUACCUCGGACAGGGCGGCGGCGUGGAGUACGUGCCGGUGUCGGGCUACGAGGGCGGAUUGCUCGUCGAGAGCUACGCGGCGCCUGCGCAGGCGUGGCCCGGCCACAAUCUGCUACCCAUAGACGACAGUUUUGAUCCCAGUAUGGCAGGGAUGGGCGAGGUAAAAGAGUGCGUGAACUGCGCGGCGGCGACGACUCCGCUGUGGCGGCGCGACGGCACCGGUCACUAUCUCUGCAACGCGUGCGGCCUCUACACGCGCAUAAACGGCGUCAAUCGACCACCUCUCAAGGGCCAAAAGGCGAAACCUCAGCAAGCUCUCCCGACGAACGGCAAUCGCCGAGUGGGAGUGACGUGCGCGAACUGUCGCACGUCCAACACGACGCUCUGGCGACGCAAUAACAACGGGGAGCCGGUCUGCAACGCCUGCGGCCUCUACUACAAACUACACAACGUUAACCGUCCACUGAGCAUGAAGAAGGAUGGAAUCCAGACGCGUAAGCGCAAGCCGAAGAGCAUGGGCGGAGGAGGCGGCAGUGCAGGAGUGGCGCGAGGCGGCGCUCUCUCCGUGGAGGCACACUCGCACAAGGUGCUGCCUCCGCUGUACGCGGCGGUGGAGGGCGCGGGUGCGGGCGCGCCGCUGCUGCUGCUGCCCGCCGCGAGACACCACGCCGACCUCGCGGUACCAGCGCUAGAGCUCUCCGGAGUGGCGACCUCCACGCAGCACUACCGUCCACCCUAACGAAACCACUACUGACGCCGUAGGAGCUACCUCGCUGCGUGUCGUGCUGUCGUGCUGUCGUGUUUGACGUUUCGAACAUUACAAUGUGAGGUUGGACUAUGAUUAUUUGUUCCUUGUCACCAAAGCGCUACCAAAAUAGCAUUUAUGAUUAUGAUAUCUCGAGCGGAUUAUCUUCCGAUCGCUGCCGAUAGCCUGCUAUCGCUGUACAGUGUUGUAAUAUACCAGUUUAAAAUGCGCAAACAUGGCGUUUGUGAAGAGAUUUUAUUCGUAUUUAAGUAUAGCAUAAAGUACCUAAUGUUAUGUAAACUUUUGUAAGGCCAAAGACAGCAUGUUGACCCGACGAUUACCCAGUUCUUAAAUAUUCACUGAGAUCAUAAGCAGUGAUAAUAAGGAAGAUUUGCACAGUCUAUUUUAUCAUAAAAUGAGUAUCACACCACGUGGGUAAAUUGGUCGAAAUGUAAUUUUGUUCAUUAAUUUUACAUUAGAUGCGAGCCAGUUAAGUAAGAACAGUUUGAGUCGACGUCGUAGCUAAAUAAAAACACAAUCAAAUGUUAGUUUAUCUACUCAUCGGUGUGAAAUAAUCAAUCAAUUUAAUAAAUCUGUGCUUUUGGCUACGCAAUUGUGUUAUUGAUGUUUUAUUUGAUAAUGUUUUAAUGUAAAUAAAAUGUACUGCUGUCGGGAGACGAGGCUCCUUGUGAACAAUCGGAUAAAUAUGUGUAAAGCUAUUUACUUUAUGAGAUAUUGUAUUCUGAUCACGGCUAUCAAAUAUGACGAAUUUAUUAAUAUAUUUAUAUUAGAUGUAAUGUGUACGUGUGGCCGCGUGUGUGUGUUUAUGUGUGCAUGUGUGUAUGUGUCUGUGUUUAACGAGUGAACUCUGUACAAAUUUUUUAUUUAUACUCGACAACAAACAACGAAUAGAUUUGCGUGUAAUAUAUAAUAUAUACCUCCGUGAUUGUUUUAACUUGGGACCGAAUUUUAAUAAAUUUCUUGCCAAAUG